AUGGAGGUUCUAUUUUUCCAGAAACCGUCUGGCUGCAUUGUAGCACCUUUGUUGGCUCUAGAUGAGGUUGUAUCUCUUCUGAAAGGACAGGUGUGGAAUCUGGGGUUGUCCUGGUCUCAUAGCUUCUGUGAAUCAUCACUUAGAAUCUAUGCUCAGGAGAGCCAUUAUCCAGCCUCUGCUCAUAAGUCAGAUGCACCCUUCUUGAAGCAAGAUGCCUCCGCAACAUCAUAUGUGGUUUCUUUUCUUUCUAGGAUGCAUACAAAGAAAGAAUAUAUUCUACAGAACAGCACAACACCAACUAAAUUCAUCCUCGUGGGUCUUUCUGAUGAGCCCCACUUACAAAGCAUAUUCUUCUCCAGUUUUUUGGGAAUCUAUGUUAUCACUUUGAGUGGAAACCUUCUAAUUAUCCUCCUUACAUUAGCUGACCCAACCCUACACACACCCAUGUAUUUUUUUCUAAGAAAUCUAGCCUUCCUUGAGAUUUGUUUUACAUCAGUCACUAUCCCCAAGAUGCUUGACAAUCUCUAUUCUGGGAAUAAAUCCAUCUCCUUUAUGGGCUGUGCUCUGCAGACCUAUUUUUCAUUCUUUCUUGGUGGAACAGAAUGUUUCCUUUUGGCCUCAAUGGCCUAUGAUCGUUAUGUGGCCAUCUGUAAGCCUCUGCAUUACCCUGUCCUGAUGGGUCAAAGAGUUUAUGCCAGUUUAGCUCUAGCCUCUUGGUUAAAUGGGUUUUUCAUGUCUUUUGUUCUCACUAGUAUGGUGUUCAGAAUGCCCUUCUGUGGUUCCAAUGUCAUCAACCACUUCUUUUGUGACAUCCCCCCUUUACUAAAACUGGCUUGUGGGAACAUUUCUAUGACUGAAAUAGCUGUUUUUGUGGUGGCAGUUCUUUAUGUUACUUUGCCUUUUAUUCUGAUCUUAAUAUCUUAUUCUGGGAUCAUUGUUGCCAUUUUGAAGAUUUCUUCCUCUGAGGGCCGGAAGAAGACUUUCUCUACUUGCUCCUCACAUCUCAUUGUUGUGACCUUAUUCUUUGGUUCUAGU